AUGGCAAACAAAACUACUUCACUCGGGAAUUUGUUAAAUCAUUUGAGGAAAUUGUUCGGGGAUGGCAUUCUUUUGAGGUCGAAGAGGAUUUUUGUUGAGGAGUUCAAGAAUGCCAUAGGAAAAUUUUUGUUAAAACUAUCUUCCGAUGGUGAUGUGUAUGAAUUUAAGGUUGGAGGAAUGGAUGGCUCAAGGAUCCGUCAUGUAAAGUUGGAUAUGUCCACUUGUGGAGAUAAUGUGGAUGGUAAGAAUGAUGAUUAUGAGAUGGUUUAUCGAAAUAAUAUGAUGCGAAAUGCUUAUAAUAUCAUCUUGAAGAGUCAAGGAAACAUAAAAGCAAGAGAGAUUGUUCAAGAUGGACUAAAGAAGAUUGAUAAAGAUAUUGAGAAUGAAUUGGCCAAAUUAAGAAUGUAG